AAAUUUUUACAGUGUGAAAAAACAGCAGGCUACAUUCAUCUAUUACUCGAUCAAUGCACUAAAAGUUCAAAAAUUGAACAAAUGUUAAUAGAAUUGUCACACGAUCUCUUACACAGAAAUUUUGAAUUCACCGCUCACCAAGUCAUUGAUCUAGAUGGAUCUCUCUUGCACUCCAUUUUUGGUUCAGUUGUGACAUAUGUAAUCAUUCUCACCCAAUUCCGUCUUCAAUAACAACACCUCAGUAAUCAAUACAACGCCCUUCACAUAUUUAUCCAAGAAUUAAAGCGAUUAACGUCACCGCAAAAUAAAUGGUUAAACGCUAAUUUAAUUAAUUAGGUUAAGUAAUAUAGAUCCAUAUCUCCGAUUGAUUCUUAUAAAAUGUAUCAUCCAGUUACACCGCAAUUCAUCACACUGCAACCAGUCAUGGAUCAAAAGCUGUUUUACAAGCGCAAUAAUUCUCAAAUACCUUCGCUCUCAUUAAACCAGCGAAUAAUCCUAAACUGCUAUAUAUUUACUUUCAAAAUUUUGGGAUUGGCGCCUUGGAAAGUGGAUAUCUCAAAAAUUACAAGGGGCGAUCUUGGAAAUCCACACAAAGUUUCAACCUAUGGAUACAUCUACAAUAUUUUUCUAAUUUUGUUAUUAUGUGUUUAUCUAAUAUUAGUCUAUGUUUUCGACAUACCGACUUUGGAAAGCCUAAAUACGAUUGCAUCGAAAAUAAUCUUGUAUUGUAUUAUGGGGCUUGGAUUACUGAGUGUCAAAAUCAUAUGGCUGAUUUACAUUUUCUAUCAAAAAGACAUCGUUAAUAUUGCGAACGAUUUGCACAGCCUGGACAAUAACAUGAAAAAAUGCAAAUUCUACUCACCGGAAAAAGACUAUCUUAUGUACUUAGUAUUCAUUGGCAACUUCGUUAUUUGCAAUGGCGUAUUUUUACUUGAGUUUUGUUUAUACUUUAAGAUUACACAGCCAAUGUGGGCAAUUCCUUAUAUGAUCAGCAGCUGGACUUUGACUCAGUACACGCUUUUUUUGAACAGCAUUCUUCUACGAUUUCGAAAUUUGAACAAAAUGAUUCUGAAACUUGGAAAUAUCAAUACUGAAUAUGAGUUCGAUUCGAUUUAUGUUUCAAAAGUUAUUGUCAGUGAAUCGACUAUUAUCAAUGCUGUGCAAACGAUUAAUUAUAACUACACAAGUCUAUGUGAAAUCAGCAGAAAAGUUGCGGAAUUUUACUCAAUUCCGACUUUAGGAGCCAUUCUCUAUUUUGUGGCAAUUGCUACGUAUGAUUUGUACUACGUAUUAGAACCGUUUGUUACUAACAAAUAUGGAGAUUUUUCAACUUUCGUUUAUAUCGAAACCAGUUCAACGUUUUUUAUGACGUUUUUUAACUUCCUUGGACUGAUUACAAAUACCAUCAGAAUUUCGAGAGAAGUAAAAAAUAUCGCUUAUAGCAUUCAUUUACUUUUGGAUCGAUGUAAGGAAUAUCCUGAAGUCAGAAAUAUGCUGAUUGAAUUCUCAUGUAAUCUCUUACAUACGGAUGUUAAAUUUACUGUCUACAGAAUUGUUGACUUGGAUGGUUUUCUUUUACACUCAAUUGCUGGUACAAUUGUGACGUAUCUUCUUAUUCUUGUACAAUUUCGGCUGAUAUAAAUUUCAUUUAUAGUUAAAAAAAAUAUUCCC